UGUCAAAUCAGAAAAUCAACAAAAACAAGUUGUAAAACAUUUUCUAAAAGUUAACUGAUUUGAAAAAAUCUCUUAUUUUCUGAAAUAACAAAGUAAUAAAACAGACUGUGCAAUUUUUUACUUUGAUGCAUUCAAAGGAAACGAAGAAUUACCAUGCAAUACGAUGAGGGCAUCCAGCAGGUUUUAUUUACUGAACUCGUUUGUAUUUGUUAUCGUCUGUUUUCUGCUAUAUUUCGUUGUGAUAACCAGAAGACUUGAAACAGAACAGUUAAAAAUAUCGGACGUUCUAUUCGAGCCCUCCAAAGAACAUAGUAAUGUUGAUUACAAUGUCUGGCUCAUUUUUACAAAGGUCACAAACAAAUCCACGCUCACCUUCAAAUUCCAGAAUCUCAUAUCGAAUCUCUUAAACGUAUCUACUGUGCCUUUAAAGUUUCAUAUUAUAGUAGAUGAAAAGUCUAAGACGAUUGCUAAAUAUAAACUAUCCGAAGUGGUAUACAGUUUAAAUAAAAGUUUGGUUUAUACAUUUUAUAAUGUACAAGAUUGUUCGACGAAACUGUCUGAUAUUGUUAAUGUUAUGACUCCAUUUUUUAGCUCUAGGCCAGGAACAUAUUUUAGUGAUGCACUAUUUUAUAUAUCCUUAGGACUUUAUAGGAUUGCCCCGUCUUCCCAGAAGAGAGGCAUCCUACUAGACUGUGAUUUAUAUUUUAAGAAAGAUAUUGCUUUGCUGUUUGAUGAAUUUGACAGAUUUAAACCUACCGCUCUCUAUGGGUUGGCUCCAGAAUUAACUCCAGUUUACCGACAUAUUUUACAUAUGUACAAAUUAAAACAUAACACUACCUUCGGAGAUUAUUAUUGUGAUAACAGUAUUACUGAAGGAAUACAUCCUCAUGGCUUCCAGGGUUAUAACAGUGGAGUGGUCUUGAUUGAUUUCGAGAAACAAAGAGAAUCAAAGCAAUACUUACAAAUGAUCUCAAGAGAAAGCAUUAAAAAUAUGACAGAGAAAUACAGGUUCCGUGGACAUCUUGGAGAUCAAGAUUUCUACACGUUAUUAGGUUAUGAACAUCCGGAUCUCAUCCAGACAUUGAACUGCGGGUUUAACCGACAGCUGUGUACUUGGUGGAAGGAUCACGGAUACAGUGAUAUUUUCAAGCAUUAUUUCCAGUGCAAUCACUCCAUAGUUGUGUUACAUGGCAAUUGCAAUACUAGAAUACCUAAAAAUUAGAUUUGUUAUAUUGUUUGUUUAGAUUAUUUUGUAUUUUUUGUAAUAGUUUUUAAACUCAAAGAGUUUGUUAAUUAUUGUGCAAUUUUAAAUUUUAAUUUAGUAUCAUAUCUUGCCAUGCAUUUUUUAUGAACCAUGGAGGGUAGGGGUAAGUAGAAUUAUCUUUGUGUAUUGAAAAUUGUUUAUCAAACAGGGAACACUUAAGAUGGCGCUUCUGUAGCAAAAGUCCUACAUUAUAACAGGAAAUAAUUAAAAAGAGAUAGAUAAAUGCUAUUUUUGAAGGCGCGUGUAGCCACUCUUUUUUAUUAACUCCCUUAUUGCUUAUUAGUGCCACUCUGGCCAUUUAGUGAACCCUUAUUUUCCCCUUAAGUUCCAAGAGAUGUCUCUCCUACCAUAAUACCGUUUAUUGAAAGAAUUGGGAAGAUACCCAACCUAAUGGGCAAAUUCGUGAUAAGGCUGAUUUGAUUUCCCCUUACGUUUCAAGUGCUGUACGGUGGAGACACCAAUCGUUCUGCGGCCAACGCAUAAAAUACUUAUUUUUAUCUCUAAUUUUUUAUUAGAGAUAAAAAUUAAUUUACUCUAUUUUGGCCAGCAAAGGCAUAUUGGAGCACGGUGUGGAUCUGAAAGCGACAGUGUUGCCAUAUUAAAAGUGUAAUAUCUGUAAUAGGUUUGACGAAAAUAUCUUUGGAUGAAAAAUCCGCGUUUAUGUAUUGAAAAUUUAUUCAUAUUAAACAUAGAAUAAACAAUAAAAAUAAAAAUUCUUUUGUAGGUACUGAAUACAAAAUUACGGAAUUGUACGAUUAUUGAAUUUUGGAAAUUACGAUUAUUGACAUUUACCAUAAUAUUUUACAUUUGAAAUAACAGUGAUCUUCAUUUCCAAGCUAACUCUGACGCCGUUCUUUUUUUAAUCAUAUAUUAUUAUAUUAAAUAAUUGUUUAAUUAUAGAAAAUCCGUUUUAUUAACGUACCCAAAAUCCGUAUAUCUACGGUUUGAUCAGUAGGUCUGGCAACACUGUCUCAAGCAACUACUCACUCUGUCGACUGAAAGCAGAACUACGGUACAGUUUUUUUUAUCCGCUGCGCUGUAAACGACUAUCAACAAUCAAUCUCAGGAAACAAAUCUCGGAAUUCUCGGACAGACUGACUGUAACUCCAGCUACAUCUCGGACAGGUUUUGUAACACAAGUAUCCCAUAAGGUUGCGCAUCUUCUUAUUUUUUCAAUCAACGAUAAUAUGAACAAUAAUUAUUGUAGUUGUGUGUAUUGGUGCAAUAUUACUAGUGCCUAAGUGUGACGUCACUAUUUAGGCUGUCUUUUAAGAUAUUUUUUGUCAGUAUUUUGGUUUAAUAUUUUCAAUAAAAAGUAGUUUUUAGAG